GUAGGCUUACAAACUCCACAAGCUCCACUAAUGGCUUCAUCUUUGAAACAACUCUCCAUUGUUAUCACCUUCAUCUUCUUCUCCAUUUCCUUGCUUCUCCCUAUCCAUGCAAGGGACAGUAUGUUCUUCAGCAAAAUGCAGAGGAAUGAGACCAGUCAUGAUGAAGUCCCCGGAGAAACUCAAGCCGUCGAAAAAGAAGAACCGAUGAGUUUCCCGCCGUCGUCCCGACAUGGUCAUGGCCUUUAUGGCCAUGGCACUAAUGAGUUUACCACCACCACCACCACUAACAACAACAACCAUGAUGAUGAUGCUGAGAAGUAUGAUAAUUAUUAUAGUGGUCAUGAAGCUUCUUCAAGGAAUGUUAACAAUGAGUAUGUGAACAAAGGAUAUGGUAUGAGUGACACUAGGUUUUUAGAGAAUGGGAAAUAUUAUUAUGAUGUGCAGGGUGAAAAGUAUCAGAAUGGAUAUGAUCCAUUGAGUGAUCAGAACUCAGCAGGAUAUGUUUCUUAUUAUGGUAAUGGUAAUAGAGAUGGUAACAAUGGCUAUGGAGGUUAUAGGUCUGGUUCUUCUACUAAUGGGAAUGCUUACAAGGAGUACAAUGAAAGAGUGGAGAAUCAAUACAACAAUGAGAGGUUUGGGAAUCAAUACAACAAUGAAAGGUUUGGGAAACAAUACAACAAUGAAAGAGUUGAGAAUCAAUACAACAAUGAAAGGUUUGGAAGUCAAUACAACAGUGAAAGGUUUGAGGAUCAAUACAGCAAUGAAGGUCAAGAGGAUCAGUUUAAUACCCCAUGAGAAGUUGAUUUAUGUGAUUUUCAUGUUAAAAAUAAGUUAUGGUUGUUAAUUAUAUCAUCGGUAUGUGUUUUGGAAUUUCA